CAUAUAGCCAUCCAGUUUAAUAUCAAGGUCGGUGAUCUGGAUAGCUACAUCUGGGAUAAACAAACGCAUAUGUAGAUGUAGUAGAUGUGUCCAAUGUGGAUAAGCAAACGUCGAGAUGUAAAAAAUGCAUCCGAUGUUGAUAAAAGGUGUUGUAGUUGAAUUUAAUAACUGUGGACGCCACUAUGUCAAAUACCAUCUCACUAUGUGAUUUUGUUGAUCGGCUUUGCGCUUCCAGUUUAUUAAUGAGUUCAGUGGUCACGUAGCGCGUGAUAACAUUCAUAAUUUACCGGUAUAGUACGACGAUUGUACGUGAACAGGGAAGAAUUACCCUCUCCAGUAUUUUAUUCAAGUAUAGCAUGCUAUAUUUUUGGACUUCUAAUUCGAAACAAAAAAUAAUAAUUUACACGAAUAAGUCGAAUAACUCUGAAACGCAAAAAAGAAUGUUCAUGAUGAACGGGUCUAGAUAGUGGUAUAUUUGGACGUCCUACAAAGCCAGUGAUAUAAAUUUAAUUAGAAAAAUAAAGCUUCCCAACAAACAUGGCCAUCUUAAUUUCUAUACCGAUAGCAAUAUUGUUAUUGUACAACUAUGUUGCAGCAGAAUCAAUUCCAUCUUGCGACAGCCAAAUCUACUGCCAAGGAAAAUUACUGCACACCGUACAAAUGGCGAAACUCUAUCAAGAUUCUAAAACGUUUGUCGACAUGAGCCAAAAAAAUCCGCCCGAAGUAACGCUAGAAAAGUUCAAUAAACUAAUGAAAGACACAAACGACAAUCCAUCUAAAACAGAUAUCAAAGAAUUCGUUGAAAAUAAUUUCGAGAGUAGUGGAGAAUUAGUGGAUUGGAUACCGACUGAUUAUAAGAAACACCCGAAGUUCUUAGAUAGGAUAAAUGAUUUAAAAGUUAAACAGUUUGCACAAAACUUGAUUGAUAUUUGGCCAAGUUUGGCUAGGAAAGUUAAUAGCUCAGUAGCUGAUAACCAAGAUCAACAUUCUUUAAUCUAUUUACCUAAUGGUUUAAUAAUACCUGGUGGUAGAUUUAAAGAAAUAUAUUACUGGGACUCCUAUUGGAUUCUCAAAGGUUUAAUCCUCAGCGAAAUGACAGAUACAGUCCGAGGCAUUCUAGAAAAUUUCUUAUCUCUUAUAGAUAAAUUUGGUUUCAUCCCGAACGGUAGCAGAGUGUAUUACCUCAACAGAUCUCAACCACCUUUAUUCGCAUCUAUGGUGGGUCUAUAUAUAGACGCUACUAACGACAAGGCUUGGUUAGAGAAGCACGUAGAUACUAUUGAAAAAGAAUUACAUUGGUGGAUGAAUAACAGAAAAUUCACGAUCGACAAAGACGGAAAAGAUUAUGAGAUGUACAAAUAUUUUGUGAAAAGUAAUACACCCAGACCAGAAUCGUAUUACGAAGAUGUUCAAACUUGUGGAGGACUUCCAGAUAUACAAAAGAGCACUUGCUACAUUAACAUGAAAAGUGGCGCUGAAAGUGGUUGGGAUUAUUCUACCAGAUGGCUUUUUACCAAAGAGGGAAAUCCAAGUACGAAUUUAAGCAUGAUCGAUAUAACUCAUGUAGUUCCUGUCGAUUUAAAUUCAUAUUUAUGCAAAGCGUUUGAAGAACUAGCUAGAUUUUACGAAUUAUUAGGAAAUACAGUCAAAUCUUCGUUGUGGUCUCAAAGGCAUAAUGCAUUAAAACAAGCAAUCCAAGAUGUUAUGUAUUCCAAUGAAGAUGGCAUAUGGAUGGACUACGAUCUAGUUAGAUCUAAACAAAGAAAAGGUUUUUAUCCAAGCAAUUUCGCCCCUCUAUGGGCAGAUGCUUAUGAUUUAACAAAAAAAGAAGAUUAUGGACUCAAAGCUGCUUAUUAUUAUAAACAGAACAGGAUUCAAAAGUACGUUGGUGGUAUACCAACUUCUUUGAUCAACAGUGGACAGCAGUGGGAUCUUCCAAAUGCUUGGCCACCUCUUCAAGAUACUAUUGUUUUAGGUUUGAAGAAAACCGGUGCUAGAAAAGCCAAAAAACUAGCAGAAAAUCAAGCAAAAAGGACGAUAGAAGCCUACAUGAAAGGUUUCGAAGAUACCAAAGAAAUGUUUGAAAAAUAUGACGCACUUACACCCGGUGGGUAUGGCGGAGGGGGAGAGUACACCGUCCAAUCUGGUUUCGGUUGGACAAAUGGUCUUGCUCUACAUUUCAUUGAUCAAUUUUACACAGAAGGAAGGCGCCCGAAUAGACGUCCCAAGAACAGACAAAAUAUAGAUUCUGGAAUUGCUGCGUAGUUCUUAUUAUGAAUAAUUUAAUAUUGUAAUAUAAUGUUUAAUAGUAUAUCUAAAUUAUUUAUUUUUCUCUAAAUAUAUUUAUUUUAAUGUG